AACCUAGAUAAUACCGCGGGAAAGCCUCCCUUUCUCCCUUUCUGGCUUCUGCUUACUUAUUCUUGCAAGCACAGUUGGCUACAAAAUGGAAGGAAAAUCAAGGGUUUGCAUAAGGAUCUGAUAAAUAAUCGGCAUAUAAAGUAUCGCCUGCUUUUGUUUUUGUUGCAAGUUCAAAUUCUCUUCAUGUUGAGGGACUUUUGCUAUCUAUUUUGGCUUCAUUUCAAUUAAAGAACUGUUCUUUUUGGCUGUUUUAAUGGUGGGAGUUACUUUGGGUUCUUGGAAUUUUAUGCAUUAAAGCUUAGAUUGAUGUCUAUGUUGCUGGCUGCUUGCUUCCUGUUCUUUUGGUGCCUGAAUUUGCUUGCUUGAAUUCCAGAAGUCUAAGUAGUGUCCUUGCCAUCGACCUUUAUGUGAUUACUAAGAACCUCAAAGUUUCGAAAUCUGAAAAGGAGCAGAAGCCCUCCAUUUCCCUCUCUGCUUUUGAAUGCUACUUAAAUCUCUAAAUUUCCCUUCUUUUUUUCUUCCCCGCUUAUCCGUAUUGAGAUGCGCUGACAAAAGCUCCCAUCUUUAUUAAUCCAUCGGCUUUCCGCUGUUUCUCCUCCAGGGAUUUGAAUGAAUCAUCUUUCUCUAUUGAAUCCCAUAACCCACUGCGCCUUCUUGAUUCUUGACAAGAAGAACAGUCGCAGAAGUCGCGCCGUCUCUGAUAAAUCUAGAAAGAAGCAAACGCCCGGAGAAAUCCUUAAAGGCAAUUCAGAGGAGUACAAAGUUCACUUCUUUGAAUCAGCUAAUUUCAUCCCUGAGCCCGACGAACGUUCCUAUGAGUUCAUCACUAUGUAUCCAGCUUAUCAAUCCUCCAAUCAAAUUGACCAGCUUCGCUCAAAUGAGUAUUUCCACCUCAAUGAGCCUGAAGCUAAGGUAUGCCUUGACUAUUGUGGCUUUGGCCUCUUCUCUUACCUCCAAAGCUUCCAACUUCCGGAGUCUUCUGCAUUUUGCCUCUCAGCAAUCACUUCUAAUUUGAGUAACCAUGCACUUUAUGGCAGUGCUGUAGAAGGAACUGCUGAGAAUGAUAUCAAAACCAGGAUAAUGGAUUAUUUGAAAACUCCUGAGAAUGAGUACAGCCUUGUAUUUACUGCUAGUAGAGGAGCUGCAUUUCAAUUGCUUGCAGAAUAUUACCCUUUCAAAACUAACAGGAGGCUGCUUACUAUGUUUGAUCAUGAGAGCCAGUCGGUGAAUUGGAUGGUUGAGAGAGCAAAGGAUAAGGGGGGAAAAGUUUACAGUGCAAAGUUCAUGUGGCCAAGCCUGAAAGUAUGUAGUUCUGAGAUAAUUAAGUUGUUAUCAAGCAAGAAGAGAAGGAAGAAUGGUUCAGCAACUGGGCUUCUUGUCUUCCCGGUUCAAUCCCGGGUUAGUGGCGUGAAAUAUAGUUAUAAAUGGAUGGCUUUGGCAAAGCAGUAUGGUUGGCAUGUUUUACUUGAUGCAGGAUCAUUGGGUCCCAAGGACAUGGAAUCGUUUGGGUUGUCCAUUUUUAGGCCUGAUUUCAUUAUCACUUCAUUUUAUAGGGUUUUCGGAUCAGAUCCAACUGGUUUUGGCUGUCUGCUUAUAAAAAAAUCUGUUUUGAGUUGUUUGAAGAACCGGAGUAAUGAAAGUGUUUUGGGUAUUGUGAGGAUUUUGUCUGUUUUUCCACAGUAUUUGAGCGAGUUUGCUGAUGGUGAGGCUGAAGAGGAUGGGGUGAAUGUGAAUGAAGAAACAAUGGUAGCUGAUACCAACCAAGGUUUACAAAUGCCUGUUUUUGCUAGUCUAUACAUUGCACCUCAGGAUAGAGAUUUGAAGGAGAAUGAGAUUGAUGGGGAUAAAAAUUCAGCCACUCAUGAGGCCAGCAACAUCAUUGAAGAAACAGAUUCAAUUGGGGAGAUAAUGAAGAGCCCAAUCUUCAGUGAUGAUGAAUCAUGUGACAGUUCUCUCUGGAUUUAUUUGGGUCAGAGUCCCUCUGGCUCAGAGAAUUCGGUUCAGCAUAAAAAUGGAAAGCUGGUUUCUCAAUUACCAGUUUCUUGGUUUUCUGGGGAAAAGAAUCAUAAGAGAUUGGAAACUAAGGUACUUUUGAAUAACAGUCAUAAUAUGUCGGAUGAUCAUGUGCUAUCUUUUGAUAAAUCUGUCUUAUCAGUCUCAGAAGAUGAAAACCAGAUUAAGAAAGAUCCAAAAGAAUAUCCUCAUAGCAGUGUGAUCCAGGAAGAGAUUGUCCAAGAGGCCAUAGAGCCGCAGUUUGUCCAGUCUUCUUCUGCUGAUGGAGUGAAAGCUAACAGCUCAAUAUCUGCAUUUUCACAUCACAAAUUCCACGAGAAUGAUUCAAGAUCUGAAAUAUGCAAGGAAAAUGUAGAACAAACAUAUAAAAGUGCCAUAAGAAGAGAAACGGAAUUUGAAUUCAUAUUGUUAGAUAGGAAAGAAGAAAACCGUUAUAAGGUUGACCUAAAUGUGGAACCUGGAGUAGCUCUCACUUUGGAUGAUGACAGACCUUCACAAAGCUUGACUCAUUAUUUGGAUCCUGAAGAUGAUGUUAGGCAAGAUGAUAGUGACUAUGAAGAUGAUGAAGAGUUUAAAAGAAAAGAGCCAGAAAUAGUAUGUAGACACAUUGAUCACAUUAACAUGAUUGGCAUAAAUAAAACUGCUCUAAGGAUUCAGUAUCUGGUUAAUUGGCUUGUAGGUUCUUUGUUGCACCUGCGAUUGCCGGGUUCUUAUGGGGAACAUGGAGUGCCUCUUGUUUGCGUCUAUGGGCCAAAGAUCAAUAACAAGAGAGGAGCUACUGUAGCUUUCAAUGUCAGGGAUAGAAGUGGUGGUUUGAUCCACCCUGAAACUGUUCAGAAGCUUGCUGAAAGAAACGGUAUCCGUUUGGGUGUAGGUUUUCUUAGCAACAUAAGGUUCAGUAGCCAUGAAAAGGCAGUUGGUACCUCCCUGUGCAACUUCAUCUCAAAUGGUUGCCAUGAAAGUAAGGAUUCUACUUUCAAAUUAGAGGUUGUAACAGCAUCUCUUGGAUUUCUUACAAACUUUGCGGACGUGUACAAGUUGUGGGCUUUCGUCGCAGAGUUCCUCGAUCCAUCAUUUAUUGAGAUGUCUGAUACUUAGAAGCUCGAAGAGGAUCGCAGUUCAUCAUGGCUUUGAAAGAGACUCUUGACCUCAUUUUCUUCCUAAACGUAUCAACAUGAACAUUGACUGUGGAGGUUGUUUGCAUUUCAAUUGAUAGAUUCAAUCAGAAUUCUUUUUGUUUAUUUGGUACCCCUUUAGUUAUCUUAUUUUGUGUAUUCAGUGCGUAUUGUUGGAAUUUGUUUAUUCUUGGAAUAAUUUCUAGCUAUCCAAAGCCUUGUUGAAUUUUGAAUUUGCUUAUGGAUUAUCCAUUUGUCUGUAUGGACUAUCAGAAUGCUCUUUGUAAAGCAGUGGCCAAGAGGGUAAAAACCCAGUUACACAAUCCUGUAAUAUUUCCAUCAUUCAGCUUUAAGAUUAA